AUGAACAAAAUGUGUCCUGCAUGUGGAGCGUUGCUGUUUCAGAAAGAAAGUUCUUCUAUCUGCUGUAACGGCGGUGAAGUGGUUGUGCCGGAGAGCAUUUUUAAUCCUCGAAGGGAUCCCUUGUUGGACUGGUUUUGGGAAGCUGCGUUGCAGGAUGAAAAUCUUUUCUAUAUGAUUCGUCCUAUAAAUAAUAUGCUUGCCUGUGCCGGAUUGUGCAUAAACUUAAAGUCAUUCAAAGGAUGUUCUGGUCAGAGACCAUUGGUGUUGCAAGGCCGCUUUGAUAUAGGACUAUGCCAUUUGAAUCCGGAUUCGGAUAGAGCAUGCUUUGCUCAGUUAUUCAUAGCGGACGACUUCAAGGUGCAACGGUCAAUUGAGGAGACAAUGAAGUUGUGGAAUACUAAAGUCGAAUUCACAUUGUUACGUAGAAUAAUGGAUAUAUUACGAAAGCACAAUCCCAUCGUGCAGUCGUAUAUGACGAUGUAUGAAAUAUACAGUGAAGAGCUGCAAAAACAACGCACUCAAGAGACAAAUACUCCUAAAGUUAUAAUGAAUAUAAAACAAAGAAGAGAUGUUGCGCCGUCCUUGAUAUCGAGUGUACACCCUGGAAGACUGAAUGUACCUGUGUUCGAAAACCAAAUUGCAGCCAUAUAUGUGAGUAAAGAAGGUGGUAUGCUAACUCAUGAGGAACUGAACGAAGGUUUGCGGAUCAUGUCCAGAGGUGGGAAAACAAUAGCGCCUCAUCACAGCUACAACAUAGAUCCAUUAACGUACCCGUUAUAUUUCGUUCGCGGGGAGCAAACAUUUGUAAAAGAAAAACUGCCAAAAUAUAGUAUUAAACACGGUGCGAUGAAAAAAAGUAGUGGAAACGAUUCAGGACUAAUGCUCGAAGAGCACUAUGAGGAAGAUGCUGAUGACGAUAUUGAUGACAGUAGACUUGAGUCGAGAAAUGGACGUAAGGCACGAUACAUCUCACGUAGAGAGUUCGCUCUAUACAUCCUUGCCCGCCGAGGGGACUUGCAUAAACAUCGCAUAAUUGGGACGGGAAAGCUGUACUCGCAGUAUGUGCUUCACACAUUUGCAAGAAUUGAAGCGGACAGACUAAGCAGUAUUGGAUUGCAUCGUACGGAACUCAGAAGCUCAACGGCAAGUUCCCUGUUUAAAUAUCUGGACGACAAACUGAAGGAGAAAGGAGUGAAGCUGGGAAGGCUAGUGAACAUGCCUCAGAAGUUUGUUGGAAGUCGUAAUUGGUACCAGAAGCUUUAUAGUGAUGCCAUGGCAGUAGCUCAAAGACUGGGAAAGCCGGAUUUAUUUGUCACUUUCACAGGGAGUCAAGACUGGCCUGAGAUUAAAAAUAAUUUACCUGGCAAAUUUGAUUCUUGGAUCACAGAUCCUUUUCUGUGCUGCCGUGUGUUCUUCUUGAGACUCACAGAACUGCUCCAUGACAUCAAAAAGAAAGAGAUCUUUGGUAAAGUGGUAGCUUUACACGGAAGUAUAGAGUUCCAAAAAAGAGGAAUGCCUCACGCUCAUCUCCUCAUCACUCUGGAAAAUAAGAUUGAUACUCCAGAAAAGAUUGACUCCAUUAUAUGCGCUGAAAUUCCGGAGUAUCCCAGUGCUGAUGACCCUCAGAGAGAAGAGAAGCAUCGUUUCUACACACUUAUGAAAAAGCACAUGAUACAUGGACCAUGCUCAGAGCGACCGGAACUCGCAUGUCGCGAAGCGGAUUCUUCUAAAUGCGCAAGAGGAUAUCCGAAGCGCUAUAGGGAAUACACUGAAUUAUGCAGUGGCGGCUAUCCCUUGUAU